CUUCAUCAGUUAGUGGACAUACGUUUGGGAGUGCAGUAGCUCAUCCAGAUCCCGCUGAGAGUGUUCACCGUUGCACGGUUCCACAAUUCUCGAUCCAGAUCAUUAUGGUGUCGCUUGUAGUGCUUGUCUUCGCCUGCUGGCUAGUUUACUGCGCUGUGCAAGCAUACCGCAAGCGGCAGCAGCUUCAUUGUAUAGCGAAAAAGUUUAGCGGUCCACGGCCGCACUGGCUCUUUGGCAAUCUGCUCGAGUACCCCCGCCACGACAUACCGGGCAUCUUCGAGAAGAUGGUGCAGCUGCACACCGACUACGGCAAGGAUCUGUUCAACUGGGGACUGCUCAACAACCACAUGUUGAUCCUCUGCAGCACGGAGAACGUGGAGAAGGUGGCGAUGGCGAAAAAGACGCAAAAAUCAACGAUCUACGAGUUCAUCGAGGUGUGGCUGGGACAGGGAUUACUCAUCUCGAAGGGCGAAAAAUGGUUCCAGCGCCGCAAGAUCAUCACACCGACCUUCCACUUCAAGAUACUGGAGAACUUUGCCGAGGUGUUCAACAGUGAGGCGGACGUGCUGGUGGAGAACUUGCGCCAGCACGCAAACAGCGGCCAGGAGUUUGACAUUUACGAGCCAAUCUCGCUGUACGCCUUGGACAGCAUCUGUACGACAUCGAUGGGCGUUGCUAUUCACGCGCAGCGCGAUCCCACGAACCAGUACGUGCGUGAUGUGAAGCGUAUGAGUGAGCUCAUCCUCAUGCGCAUCUUUCAUGUGCUGGUGUCCUACCCGCAAGUGUACUGGUACCUGAUUCCGCAUGCAUGGGAACAACGGAAGCUGAUCGGUCGGCUGCAUGCCUUCACCGAUGCCGUCAUACAAAAGCGCCGCAAGCAACUGCUGGGCAGCAAACAGACCGGUCGCACCGUAUCCUUUGAUGUGAACGAGGAAAAUCUUUACUCGAAGCGUAAGGAAACGUUUCUGGAUCUGCUCCUCAAUGUGACCGUCGACGGGCAACCGCUCAGUGAUCUGGACAUUCGUGAGGAGGUGGAUACGUUCAUGUUCGAGGGACACGAUACCACCACCUCGGGCAUCGCCUUUACCUUCUAUCAACUCGCUAAACAUCCCGACAUCCAGGAGCGACUGUUUCAAGAGAUUGUCGAUACCCUGGGACCGGACUACCGUACCGUUCCCCUUACCUACAGCACGCUCCAGAACUUUAAGUAUUUGGACAUGGUGGUGAAGGAAUCGCUUCGACUACUACCGCCAGUCUCCUUCAUAGGGCGCCGCUUGGUGGAGGAUCUGGAACUGAACGGUGUGACCGUACCGGCCGGCACUGACAUCACCAUACCGAUCUACGUGAUCCACCGCAAUCCCGACGUGUACCCAGAUCCGGAACGGUUCGAUCCGGAGCGCUUCGGUGAUGAGAGCACGCAACGCCGCGGACCGUACGAUUACAUACCGUUCAGCAUUGGCUCGCGGAACUGCAUUGGCCAGCGGUAUGCGCUGAUGGAGAUGAAGAUUGGCCUCGUGCGGAUGGUUUCCCACUACCGGAUACACCCGGGCGACACUAUGCACGAGGUACGCCUCAAAACGGACCUGGUGCUGCGGCCGGACAAGGGCAUACCGGUGCGGCUUACCACAAGACGGUAGAGCACCCUUCACCGACACACGCGCCACAGCCUUUCGCUAAAUAUAAGCACGAGAGCAGGGUAGACAUGGGCGCUAUGAAAGAAUGCAUUAGCCCGCUGACCUCGGCGCGCAGAUGGAAAGAAAAAAACGCCACACCGAAACGCGAAAGGUCAUUGAUCUAGCAGGGUAGAAUCUAGCCACUCUAAGAAAGGAACCUGUUGGCAUACUCUGAAUAUUCUAUGAUGUAGUCUUGGCAAACAAAACCUCCACACUCGCCCCUCCA